AUUCCUCAGAAGUUUGUUUACAUGUUAAAUUUUUUUGCUGUAAACAGUUUGCGAUAAAAGUUUUAUAAAAAUUGUAUAGAAUUUUAACUAAAUAAAAAUGAGUGAAGAAAAUACAGCGAAAACAAGUCGUAUGCCAUGGGUGGAAAAAUAUCGUCCCUCAAAAUUAGACGAUUUAAUAUCGCAUGAAGAAAUUAUAUCAACAAUUAAUCGCUUUAUCAACCAAAAACAAUUGCCACAUUUGUUGUUUUACGGCCCUCCCGGUACUGGCAAAACCAGUACCAUAUUGGCAUGUGCCAAACAAUUGUAUACACCGGCCCAAUUCAAAUCGAUGGUUUUGGAACUUAAUGCUUCGGAUGAUAGAGGAAUUGGCAUUGUUAGAGGACAGAUUUUGAAUUUCGCUUCUACUCGAACUAUUUUUAGUGGCACCUUUAAAUUGAUAAUACUCGAUGAAGCCGACGCCAUGACCAAUGACGCCCAAAAUGCUCUAAGGCGUAUCAUUGAAAAGUACACAGAAAAUGUACGUUUCUGUGUUAUUUGCAACUAUUUGAGUAAAAUUAUUCCUGCCGUACAGUCUAGAUGUACACGUUUUCGUUUUGCUCCUCUAAGCCCAGAACAAAUACUUCCACGCCUAGAUAAAAUUGUUGAAUUGGAAGAUUUGAAUGUUACCGAUGAUGGAAAAAAAGCUUUAAUGACUCUCUCCAAAGGAGAUAUGCGUAAGGUGUUAAAUGUUCUACAAAGUACGAGUAUGGCUUUUGAUAUUGUAAAUGAGAAUAAUGUUUACACCUGUGUUGGACAUCCCUUACGUAGCGAUAUUGAAAAAAUAUUGGAGACACUUUUGUCCUGCAAAAAUUUUGAACAGGCCUACAAUGAUAUACAAGCUAUUAAAAAUGUGAAAGGCUUAGCUUUGGAUGAUAUUCUCACGGAACUGCAUUUAUUUGUUAUGAGGCUGGAACUUCCAAUGAGUGUUAUGAAUAAGCUAAUUAUAAAAAUGGCAUCCAUAGAAGAACGAUUAGCUAAAGGUUGCACCGAAGGCCCUCAAACUACAGCUCUAAUAUCGGCCUUCUUUAUACAUCGUGAUCAAGUGACAUUGGAAAGUUAAUUAUUCUUUGUCUCAUAAGUUUUAUUGUUAACUUUAUUUUUAUAAAUUCUCUUUAAUUAUACGUAAUAUAUAAAAAAUACUUAUGAAAUUAAAAUAUAAUUGUGUUGUAA